AUGCAAAAUCACUUCCAGCAAUCUCCAAAUCAGAUAUAUCAAAACCCUUCAGAAGUGAACCCUAGAUCAAAUGAUAUCCAGUUUCAUGAAGCAGAUAUAAAUAAUAAUUCAUAUGAAUCUUCUCAAGAAAACUCCAGUAAUGCUAGUUUUUCUGAAAAAGAUGAGCUCAACUCCACUGAAGAAUACUCAAAUAAACACCUAGCCCUCAGAGCUUCAACAGCCCCUGCUAGGCCGCUAAGCGACAUUGAAGAGUUUCGAAGAAGUUCUGAUUUUUUGUUAUUAGAGCAUACAGUCAUUUGCAGCUCUCAACUCAUAAGGACUGACGAUCAGAAGUAUGAUCUCGAUUCUGAAGAAGGCCAAGCGGCAUGUAAAAAGUUUUUAAAUCAAAUAGAAAGGCUUUGUGAUGUUUUUAAAGCUUUUUGUAGAUCGAGAAGCUAUCGAAAAGUCUUUUCUAACGCAUAUAGAGUACUAUAUAGAGAAGGAUUUUUAUGUUAUCUUACUGAAAUUCUUGAUUCUGCCCAGGAAGGAUUUCCUUACCUUUAUGUGAAUGGGGAAAAGUAUUUAUUUUCUCAAGAAGUCUUGGAGGCUGGGAGAAAUUUGUACAGCUCUUUUUCAAAACUCCAAAUAGAUUUAAGAGAAAUAUAUAAUAGAAUUUGUGAAGAGACAACUUCAGGGAUUGUAGGAGAAGUCAUUUUGUGUUUAACUAAUGCCUUACAAGAAUUUGAUAAUAAUUGGGUAGAUUUUGAGAAUUUGUAUGUUCAUGAGUUGAUGGUUAUUGAGACUGAUGCAAGAAGAUAUAUUACUGAGGGGUGCAAGUCAAAUGACUUUGCCUUUUUGAUAGUGUACAUUUAACCGAAAAAAUUUUGGCCCAAAAUUGAUCUGAUAGUGAGACAUUUGACCGAAAAAAAAACGCUAAUUUUCGGCCAAAUGCGCACUAUCAAAAAUUUUCGACCAAAUGGAUUUCGAUGAAAUGUACACUGUCAAAAAUCCACGGUCAUUUGGCAUGGAGCCAUUACUGAGGGUAUUGACAUUGAAAGAGAAAUGCUCUUACUUGAAGCAAAAGGGAGAUCAAGAGGAAAAUUAAUAUUUGAAAAUGAAGAAUAUAAUCACUGCCGAGAAAGAUUUGUAAAAAUAUUAGGGAAAAUAAACUCUGUCGCCAAUAUAGAAGGAAAAGGCAGAGAUGAUCUUACCCUUGAUAUAUUAAUUGCUGCAGAAGGAAUAUCUAGAAGAAUGACCCAGAACAACCCACUUAAAAACUUGGCUGAUAAGAUCAGACAUUCAUUUACUGUAUUAAGAGCUUUGUUUCGGAAAUAUGAAAUCAAUAUCGAAGUAGUUGAUCCACAGCUGAAAAAUAACCCAGACCUCGUUGAAGGUCUCGUUAAAUUUGAAGAAAGCUGGGAACGCGGAAAAGCCUAUAUACUAAAUUCAAAAAGGUAUAAUAAAGUUAUAUAUCUCCACAAGCUUAUAGAAAAAAUCUCAGAAAAAUACCAAAAUUUUCAGCGGCAGCUAGAAUGUUCUGACGCUGAAUUAUUUGUUAUUAUCCCAUCCCUGCUUGUACUAAAAACUCUAGAAGAAGAGGAUAAAGGGAUUUGCAGAUAUUUCUGCCCAAGGAUGUAUGAUGAAAAUGAUGAAAUAGGAAUCACUUGAAAACGGCUGAAAAGAAAUUUUAAAUUAGGGAAACUAGCAUCAUCAUCUUUACUUGAGUACACAGAACUAUUAGAAAUGAUGAUAUUGGGAAUUCCAAUUAAUCCUCAAUUGAGGUCAGAAAUUAUCAAUCCCAAAUUCGAUAACAUCGAUCAUGUCGUAAAUAAAAUAAAAACCUUAUCAAUAGCAGUUCAAAGGCACAAGCCUGUUGAAUGGAAUAAAUUUUUGGAUAUAGUUCUCAGCUAA